GCGCCCACAAAAUUUGUGCACCAAAUUUUGAACCAACACCCGCGGGUGCUUUGCCCUAAAAUUUCCAAAUUUGAGUUUCAUUUUCCCCCAAUUUUCCCAAUUCCCAAAGCCUCAUAACCACUGAUUCUUUCUUUUCCAGACCCUCAAAACCCUAGGGUUUUAACUUUCUCUGCUCUUGUUAAUUUGAUUCCUUUCCAUGGCUUCCGAAACCCUAGAGGACAAGAAGCCCGAGGAGGAAACUCCCGCUCAGGAAGACAACGAGCAUGCUCCCGCGCAGGAAGACAACGAGCAAGCCCCUGCACACGAAGACAGCGAAAAAGCUCCGGCGCUAGAAGUCAAGGAAGAGCUCAAGCCCGACGCACAACAAGGUAACGAAGACGAUAAAGAAGAAGAAGCGGGAGAAGCGAAGAAAGAGCAAGAAGAUCCGGAACUUCCCGAGAAAGAGGCCAAAGAUGAACAACCUGAGGAUAAAAAUGUUGAAGCUGGAGGCGCAGAGAGUAAGGAGGUGGAGAAAGGUGAGCCCAGCAAGAAGGGUAAGAGAGGAGGUCGAAGAGGGAGCUCGAAGAAGGACCUGAGCGAGCCGAAGAAGAAGCCGAGCCAGGAGUCCGCUGACGAGGAGAACAAAGAGCCUGUUACCCCUGCGAGUGAGAGGCCGACCAGGGAGAGGAAAACGGUUGAGAGGUUCUCCGUCUCCUCGCCCAGUAGGUCUGCCAAGUCUUCUGCGGGCAAAGGAUUGUCGAUUGAGAAGGGUCGCGGUACGCAGCUUAAAGAUAUUCCAAAUGUGGCUUUCAAGUUGUCAAAGAGAAAAACUGAUGAUAACCUGCAAAUACUUCAUACAAUACUUUUUGGAAAGAAAGCUAAGGCACAAAUUUUAAAGAGAAAUAUAGGCCAGUUUUCAGGCUAUGUGUGGACUGAGAAUGAGGAAAAGCAGCGGGUAAAGGUAAAGGAGAAGCUUGACAAGUGUAUUAAGGAAAAGCUGAUGGAUUUCUGUGAUGUGCUUAAUAUUCCAAUAAAUAGGUCUGGUGUGAAGAAGGAUGAGCUCUCUGCAAAGUUAUUAGAGUUUUUGGAAUCCCCACAUGCAACAACUGACAUUUUGCUUGCUGAUAAGGAGCAGAAAGGUCAAAAGCGUAGGAGAAAGGUAACACCAAGCAAACUUGCAAGCCCUGAAGAAGCUGCAGAACCACAAUCCAAGAAACCAAAAACAUCUAAAGUUGCAAGAAAGCAAAAGCAGCCUUCUAAAGAGGAGGAAGAUGAUGAGGUUGAUGAGAAAGUUGAAUCUUCUGAUGGAAACGAUGAAUCUCAUGAUGAUGAUGACAAUGAUACAGAGGCCGAUGAUGGAAGUGAUCAUGAAGAAACAAAAUCUGAUGAAGAGGAAGAUAAAGAAAAGGAGAUGUCUAAAAGUUCAUCCAAAAAAGUUCGGAAGGAUGGUUCAGUGAAAAAAGUGACACAAAAACCCGUACCAGUAAGAAAGGCUACCCCUGCAAAAAGGGUGAAAUCUCCUGCAAAAUCUCCAAAACUAUCUACUUCAGCAGUGAAAAGAGGUGCUAAUGAUGCCGAUGGAUCACUCUCGAAGUCAAAGGGAUCAACAUCUAAGAAACAGAAGGUCGAAAAGGAAAGCACGAAGAACAUUAAAGAGAAAGAUACAAGAAAGAAACAUCCAAGCAAGUCCCCGGCCAAGGUCUCCACUAAGGAUCAAGGAAAAGGCAAAACUAGUAAGAAGGCAAAGGCAGAACCCAGUAGAGAGGAGAUGCAUGCUGUAGUUGUUGAAAUUGUGAAGAAAGUGGACUUCAAUACUGCAACUUUAUCGGAUAUUCUCAGGCAACUUGGGGCCCAUUUUAGCGUUGAUUUAAUGCAUAGAAAAGCAGAGGUAAAGGAUAUAAUUACAGACGUGAUAAACAACAUGAGUGAUGAGGAAGAUGAAGGGGAGGAGGCUGAGGAAAAUGCUGAAGAAGCUGGUGAUGACACAGACAAGGAUGAUGAUUGAUGAUAUGCUGAGUGUUCAUUGGAGUGGGCCAGAAAACUUGGAAUGGCCCUCGCAGAACUUUUGAGGCACGCAGUGCAUAUUCUUCAAAGUAGAUUAUGUUUCUACUGGGGGAAUCCUUCAGUUUCUAUAACUGACAAGCUACAGUGAAUAUGUCUAGUCUUUGUGACCUUUUCCAUCCAAUUGGGUUUGUUUGUACCAUAUGAAUUAACCUCUUUUGUUGUACUGAUGACCUGUCUGAACUUUAUUAGGUAGUUUUCUUUUUUUUUUCUUUUUUUUUAGGGGGAAAUGUCUCUUUGCUAAAAAAUUGUCUUUCGACUUUUGCCUUUACCUUUUAUAUAAUGUUUUUGGUGAAUGGCUUUA